GAAGCCGCGAGCGGUAGUCGUUUUGUGGUGAAGCAGGAGGCGCCAGCACUGCAACAGACAUUUGGACGCGCCUCGUGUGAAAUUUGUGACCGGGCAAGAAAAUUGUGCACUUUUGCUACUCGCUAUCUGAAGUCGACUUGCUGAGCCAGCAAAAAGACAACGAAAAUGUCUUUACAACAGAGAUCUCAACUGGCCGUUACUCGGGAGAAUAACGCGCCCCUUCAAACGCUGAAGAAUGGACUGUCGAAAAACCAGGUCGCGCCUCGCCUGGCGCUCAGUACUCGCAGUACUAACGUCGCAACAGUUACGUCCCAUGUCCUCAAGGCAACGAAGCCGAAACUUCAGCCAGCAUCCUUGAAGCAGACCGUCGUCGAGGUUCCGAAACCUGCGCCGAAGAGCGUCCAGAUCGACAAGAUCCCUCUCCCUAUCGACAUGGUCGACAUCGAUGAAGACGAUAUGGAACAUCUCGAGUUCAGCUCUGUUUACGUGAAAGACAUCUACCAAUAUCUCUUCAAAAUCGAAGGACAGAACGCGGCACACCCCCAGUAUCUCCAGAAGCACCCGACGCUGAGGGCUCACAUGCGUAUGAUCCUCGUCGAGUGGCUGGUUUCACUCCAGGCUCGAUUCAAGCUCCUGCAGGAAACGCUCUUGAUGACAGUCUCCAUCUUGGAUCGAUACAUGUCAGAGACCGACAUGGAAGUCAGUCGUAGCAAGUUCCAGCUCGUCGGCGUCGCGUGCAUGCUGGUUGCUUGCAAGUACGAGGAAAUGUACCUACCGUCGGUCUCGGACUUCGCCUACAUGUGCGACGGGGCCUACACGUCCGAUGACAUUCUACGCAUGGAGCGAAUCGUUCUGAGCACCCUGCAAUUCGAGUUCGCUAAGCCACUCAGUGCGCAUUUCUUGCGCCGCUUCUCUAAGGCCGGUGGGGCGGACUCGCUCACCCACACCAUGGCGAAAUACUUCCUCGAGUUGGCGCUCUACGAUUACAGCUUGGUGCACUGCAACCCCUCGGUCGUCGCAGCGGCCUCGCUUUUCAUCGCUGGACGCGUCACUGGCAUCGUUGAAUGGGACGAAACCGUGCAGUACUACAGCCAGUACAAGACGGAAGACCUGAGUUUCGUUGUUGGCAAGCUGGCCGAGCUGGGUGCUACUGUCGAAACGAACAAGUACCUCAAGACGACCUACAAAAAAUACGCCGCCGAUAAGUUCCAACGCGUAGCGAAGGUCGUCGUGCAGAGCAAAGAGAUCGCUCAACUGGCCAAGAAACCCGCAUCGAAUUGAUGACCUCAUAAUAUACAAAUAUUCCACUUGUAAAUAAGCACCGAAAAUAAUUCCCGUCGUGUAUUCCUCCCACUCGUGACACCCAACUCUCGAAAUGACGUCCUCUUACGAUCUUACCGUUGUCGUCGAGCCUCGAUUGUGCAAGUCAGCAGAGUUGGUCGACAAGCAAACUCCUCAUUCACCGCAGACCCACGAACGGGAAGUUCCGAACCCGUCAUUUCUAUCAGCCUUUAUCCAAUAUACCCAAUCCCCAACGCAAUCACCUUACUUCCGAUCAAGCUCGGGAGCGACACGGAAGCUUCUAUCCUCAGCGUGAGUCACGACAAAGCAACAUAGGGAAGGAAUCACGUCAGCGAUACCAUGUACGGACAGCAAGCGUCGACGAGUAUCAACGGCAACAGUUGCAUGGGCAUUGUAACAGAACGAGUUACAAUAAAACGAUAUCAACACAAGU